AACGCAUGCUACAUUGACCAGAAAAACAAUGUUGAGCUCCAAGCCUCAGUCAACUCCAUGUUUAUCUGGUAUCGCCGCUCAGCACUCACGAUUGUUUACCUAUCGGAUGUUCCGCAUUCCUCGACGUCUGGUGUACUCACAAACAGUGUUUGGGACACACGAGGAUGGACUGUCCAGGAGUUCCUGGCCCCUGACACUGUUCUCUUCUACCGAGUAGAUUGGACUCUAUAUCUCGAUGACCAUUCUUCCAACCACAAAAUUUCUGUGGCUAUCAUGCAGGAGUUGAGGGAUUCGACAGGUAUAGAUGCAGCGGGCGCUUGUUGCCUUCCAUGGGAGAUGAGAGGCGCCCGAGAGAAACUUCAGUGGGCGUCAGAUCGUGUCACCACGUUGCCAGAAGACAUUGCAUAUUCGUUGUUUGGCAUCUUCAGCACCCACCUACCUCUAAUCUACGGCGAGAAGAAGCAGAAUGUGCUUGGUCGGCUCUUGCAGGAGAUUGUGACUCAGUCAGGCGACAUUACAGCCCUGGACUGGGUU